AUGCCUGAUAACGAAGAGCUCUCAAAAGAGAUUGAGUCGCUUAAAAUUCAAUUAAACGAGGCAUUGGCGUUUGGCACACAACAAUCGGCAGAACAGAGCAAUGCAUCGGCAGCAAGCCAAAUCACAUCGAUAUCGGAAGUAAAAUUCACGCAGUUUUACGAAAACGACCCGGAACUUUGGUUUGUCAUCGUAGAAUCACAUUUUGAGGCACGGAAAAUAACCUCAAACAAAUCGCAGUAUUUGCACACAGUUGCCAACUUAUCAAGCAAGGCCGCAUUGCAAGUGAGGGAAUUACUUCUACAACCGUUUAGCGAUGAAAAGUAUGACAAAUUGAAACAACAACUCAUAUCAAUUUACUCCGAGUCAGCGACGAUUAAAUUUGAGAAGUUGAUCUCAAAUGAACCCCUAGGUGAUAUGAAGCCAUCUCAAGCACUACACAAUAUAAAGUCACUUGCUUCGAAAGACGUCGGAGACGAUUUCAUUAAAAACUUAUGGAUGAAAAAAUUGCCGCAAACAACGAGAACAGUCCUGGUCGCAUCAAAAGACAGACCAAAUGAUUUAGCCCAAAUCGCCGACCGAAUGUGGGAAGUUUCUGAUAAAGUGUGUAUCUCCAGUGUGGAACAAACUCCUCCGCUGGAAAAGACACUGGAAGUAAUACAGCAAAAGUUAGACAAAUUAUCCGUACGACUGAAUGCGAUCGAAACGCAGACCAGGCCGACACGACGAGAAACAACACCGCAUCGACAGCGUGGCCGCUCAUCCAGUGCCAAGCGAUACGAAAAAGAAAGGAACGCUGAUAAUGACUUAUGUUGGUAUCACCAGAAAUUGGGAGAGCGUGCAAAAAAAUGUCGUUCACCGUGUUCAUUGAACUUAAAGCAAAAAAACUAA